UUGCACCGCACCGAGGAGAUGGAAUUUGAAAUUUGACCUUCGAUUAUGGUGUGAUAUUGCAUGUGGACUGUAGACGUCAACCUUCUCCUAAUCAGGAUAGAAAACCACGUGCUCAAAGUCAAGUUUGAUCAAGGUUAGCAGUGAAACGUGAUACAGAUAGGAAGCACGCUAAGACCUUUGCAUGUUUAUAGUCGUGUGUUAUUAUAUAAUUGGCGUAUUCUUUGAACUCUGAACAAAGAUCGGGACAGGAAAAUAAGAUCUGAAUAAGAUCUGAAGAUACAAAAUUUUCUUCCGCUGCGAUCAACGCACCGACGAUACCUGCAAGUCAUAUACUCCCCGAGGAAUUAACGAUGCCUUACGUUGAAUUCGCUCCGCUUCGCAUCCCUUUCCACCGACGUUUGGAAACUGCAGCUGUUGCUCUGUAUUAUUACUCUUUUUAUUUCGGUGCACUCUUAGGAACAGUAAUCAUCCUUGGCCUGUUCUUUACGUCAUAUUACCCGAUCGCAAUAAUUUAUUUAACUUGGGCCUAUCUGAUCGAUGGACGCACUCCCGAUCACGGUGGACGGCGAUCAGAAUUCGUAAGAAAAGCGCGAGUGUGGAAAUAUUUCAGAGAUUAUUUUCCGAUCAAGCUGAUUAAAACGACCGAACUGGAUCCAAGCAAAAACUAUGUAUUUGGCUACCAUCCUCAUGGAGUUCUAUGCGCGGGUGCAUUUUGUAAUUUUGCCACCGAAGCUACGGAUUUCAGCAAUACCUUUCCCGGAAUAAUACCACAUUUAUUACCACUAAUGGCUUUGUUCAAACCACCGUUAUUUCGAGACUACAUUAUGAGCAGUGGUAUGUGCAACGUCACUCGUGAGAGCUGUGAGUAUAUUCUCACAAAGAAAGGGCCUGGUAACUCAGUGGUGAUUGUCGUGGGUGGGGCUGAGGAAGCAUUUGAUGCCCAUCCUGACACUUACACCAUAAUCCUGAAACCCAGAAAAGGAUUUAUCAAGCUUGCAUUGAGAACUGGUGCCUCUCUUGUUCCUGUAUUUGCUUUUGGAGAAAAUGAUCUUUUCAAUCAAGUGAAGAACCCUCGUGGUUCCUGGCUACGAGAUAUUCAACAAAAAAUUCAGAAAAAAGUUGCAUUUGCCCCUGUGCUUUUUUUUGGUCGGGGUAUUUUCCAGUACACGUUUGGAUUUCUGCCUCACAGGAGACCAGUCAAUGUUGUUGUUGGAACUCCUAUUCCAGUUACAAGAGUUGCAAACCCAACUUCUGAUCAGCUGGAUGAUCUCCACUCCAUUUACAUUGAAAAACUUAAGCAGUUGUUUGAAGAAAACAAAACUAUGUAUAAUGUUCCUGAAUCAACUGAGCUGAUAAUUUGUUGAGAUUAUUUACAUUAAGAGAAAUGUUUGAUUGAGUAAUGUACUAACUAAUCCAGGAUUGCAAAGGUUGAGGGGUAAAGAAAUCUCUCUUGACCUCCGCCUAACCUAUCAGAUGCAAAACUAAAAUUAAUCAAGGUGAGUCACUUAACUUAAGGCCACUAAAAUGUAUUUAAUUUGAAUUUUUAUGAACACCUUAAGAAAAUGCCUUUCUUUUGAUAGGCUAUUUCCAUGACUAAUUUCUCAGGAUAAUGACAUUCAAUCAAAACAAUGGUAUGCAUUGAAUAUUUAUCCAUACAACACAUUCUAUAUUACAACAAAGUUUCAUUAGUUUCUUAGUUUUGACAUGGCAUAACACAGAGAUCCUUAGAUCAGGAGCUGAUCAAAGAUUCUGGUUUGGUCAUUAGCUUGUACUCAGACUCCACUGAUUCUUUCUCAUCAAGUUUGACACAAAUUGUUAAAAAGUUUUUAACCCUUUAACUCCUAUGAGUGAUCAAGACAGGAUUUCUCCUUACAAUAUCAAUACAAUAUCAAGCAGACAGGUGAUGAGAAUGGAGAAAAAUAUCAAUUGGGGGAUUAUAAGUUGAUCCAAUAUCAAUUUCUCCAAACUAACACCACAAGAACUGUAUGACAGACAGUAAGGAGAAUUAGCAUUGAGAUCUUGGGAGUUAAAGGGUUAAAGGAUUCAAAGAGUUUUUGAUAAAAGACAUCACUGAAGUUGUGAACAAAAUUUAGGGGG